CAAAAGGAAAAUGAAAAAUUGUGAAAAAUGGAAUUGAAAAUCAAAAUCGGAAUCGCAAAUCCGAAAUAGCCGUCGAAAAAGAAACAAAUUUCUUGCAAUUGAAGUAACCUUUCCUCUUAAAAUCAAAACCCAGGUUUGGGGGAAAAGAGAGAUUUUGUUUUAAGAAGAAACCCUAGGGUCUUUUUUUGCAUUCAAUGGGUCGCGAAUCAGUGUCUGCUAUGUCUUCUCCGCCGACGACGACGGCGACGGCGACGGCGCUUGCUCCUGGGUUUCGAUUUCACCCGACUGACGACGAGCUAGUGAGCUAUUACUUGAAGCGGAAGGUUCUGGGUAAGCCUGUACGGUUCGAUGCGAUUGGGGAUGUGGAUAUCUACAAGCAUGAGCCUUGGGAUUUAGCAGUGUUUUCGCGGUUGAAGACAAGGGACCAGGAAUGGUACUUCUACUGCGCGUUAGACAAGAAGUACGGCAACGGCGCUAGGAUGAACCGAGCAACCAACAAAGGCUACUGGAAAGCCACAGGAAAAGACAGAGAAAUCCGCAGUGACGUUCAGAUCCUCGGUAUGAAAAAGACUCUCGUUUUCCACAGCGGGCGUGCUCCGGAUGGGCUCCGGACCAAUUGGGUCAUGCACGAGUAUCGCCUUGUGGACUAUGAAACCGAAAACAAUGGAAACCCGGUGCAAGAUGCAUAUGUGUUAUGCAGAAUAUUCCACAAGAAUAACAUUGGGCCACCAUGUGGGAACAGAUACGCGCCGUUCAUGGAAGAGGAAUGGGACGGUGAUGGAGCAGCUCUGAUUCCAGGAGUAAACGUUAGUGUCAGGGUAGAGCCAUUGCCAGUAGCCAAUGGAAACAUUCAGAUGGACCAGUCAGAAAGCAAGGGCCUCAUUAACAUCAACGAGCCACCAAGAGAGGCUACUCCAAUGGAUAUCGAAGUUAAUCAUCAAGAGACUGCCCUCAAGCCGCAUGAGAAUAACAAUGAUGAAGAUGAGAAAGCACUCAAACGUGAGAAUGCAGAUAAGGAUGAGGGUCCUCCUGCUUUGUGCGUUCUCAACAAAGAAGCUCCGUUACCUCUCAUCCAAUACAAACGCAGACGCCAAAACGAGUCUAGCAACAACAACUCAAGCAGGACCGCAGAGGAUUACUGCUCGUCCACAACAACAACCGUCGACAACACACCAACCUUAGUCUCAUCGUCUACUGCUGCUGCUGCCACCAACAGCGCCAUCUCUGCAUUGCUCGAGUUCUCUCUCAUGGGCAUCUCCAAGAAGAAAGAAAACCUUCUACGUCCUCACAAGGAAGCUACAUUUGAGGAGAAGCUUAAUGAUCUCCAGAAGGAGAUUAAGCAGAUGUCUGAUGAGAGAAAAAGUUUCAAGCUUGAGAUGAUGGGUGCAGAGGCUAUGAUCAGUAUUCUCCAGUCGAGGAUCGAUGCAUUGCGCCAGGAGAACGAUGAGCUGAAGAACAACAACAGCGCCAAUGGACACUAAUUUUCUUCUUCUUUGCCGUUUUUUAGCUGUUUAAUUUCCCUAAUAUUAGGAGUUAUCUAUGUAGCUUCUUCAGAUGGAUUGAGAACUUUGCUAGGUGUUUAUUUUUCUGAUGAUGUUUCUACAUCUUUUGAGAGCGUUCUAAGGUUACUCCAUUGUAAUAUACUAUUAUCUAGUCUUUUAAGUCGAGAACUCUCUUUAAUUUG